GGGGGGUUACCAGGAGACGCCGAGGAGCCGAGAGGAGACAGUAUUGUGGCAAGCCGGUAGGGGGCAGCGCCCCCGGGGAAGCGGGCGGCGUCCCGAGGAGACCGACGGCGACGGGCGAGCGGGGCCGUCGGGGCCAAGGCCGCUAGUGCCUGCCUGCCUGGCUGGCUGGCUGGCUGGCUCGGGGGGAGGAAGGACUCCCUGCCUUUCCCGGUGGACUCCCAGCCGGCCGCGCCUGCUCAGCAGUGACGGAGGCGGGUGGGCGCGGAGGAUCGCCCCGCUGCUAGCCUGGUUGCUCAUUGGCCUGUCUGGCUUGAGAGGGAAAAGGAGGCGAGGUUGCGGGUAAAGCUGAGAAGCAAGCUGAGGAAUCCGGGAAGGAGAGAAGGAAGGAGAAAGAGAAAAGGCAGGCAGUACACUUUCUGGCGCUCACAAUUUAGCUGCCGUCAUGACCUCUAGGAAAAACCCUGGGCGCAGGAGGAAAAAAACAGAAUUUCACGCAAAGAGGGUGACAACAAGAGAAGAGCUUGCAUUAAGAGGUCCAUUUACUGAAAGUGACAGAACUUCAAAAUCAGAAGACAGCUUUAGAAGCAAAGACAAAAUAAUCCAGAAAUUGCACUUAGAGAUUGAACAUCUAAAAGCAAAAAAUCUUGAUUUGGAGAAGCAUGUUGCGAAACUACUUAAUAGUAAAGAGGAAGUAACAACCCAAGUGGAUGAUUUGACCAGUGAGAAUGAAUAUCUUUGUAAAGAACUUGCUCAUGUAGACAAGAUAGCUGAACAGCUGGAAAAAGAAAAAGAAUUUGUACUUGAUAGUGCUGACCAGGAACUUUCAGAAGCCAAGUCUCAGAUUAAAUGCCAACAAAAUACUAUUAAAAAAUUGGAGCAUACGGUCAGCAUUCUUAAAUCUACAGCGCUGGAUGUUGAAAAGUCAGACGAAAGGUUCAACAACUUUAUAAAAACAAUAGAAGAGAGAGAUCAUUAUAAAUCUGAAGCAGAACAGUUGAAGAAGAUGCUUCGAAAUACACCAAGUCCUAAGCGCAGCCUCUCAAGUUCUAUUUCAAAGGUUCCCUCCCCAAUUCAGGGAAGUCACUCUGAAACAGAAUUUCUGCAAAUUUUGAGAGAACGUGAAGAUUUUAAGACAAUGCUGGAAAAAUAUGAACGUCACGUUGCAGAAAUGCAGGGGAAUAUCAAAGUUCUCACAGCAGAAAGAGAUAAAAUUAUCUCUCUUUAUGAUCAG